UCUGCCCAAACAGCUUCCUCUUCCUGGGGUCGGCGCGUGUGUCGCUUGGUCUGCUCGCCAGUGCUUUUUUCGGUGUUUCUGAGAGCUGCCGUAGUAGGGAUGAUGAUGAUGGCGGAGCUGGUGCAGGGACAGGCCGCGGUGGCUCAGCCUGGAACGAAAGCGGAUGGCUUCGCUGACGCUUUACACCGGGCUCGACAGAUUGCAGCCAAGAUGGGAGGAGAGCAGAUGCCCCACAUGAACAACAACUCAGUAGUGGACCCCAGUCUCUAUGGUUACGCAGCACAGAAACGCUCCAUGGACGACGGAGUAGGUAACCAGCUUGGUGGAAUGGUACAUCAAAGGGCUAUUAUGACAGAAGACUUCAAAGUGCCUGAUAAGAUGGUUGGAUUCAUCAUUGGACGAGGAGGAGAACAGAUAACGAGAAUCCAGCUGGAGUCUGGCUGUAAGAUCCAGAUUGCUGCCGACAGUGGAGGCAUGAUGGACCGGCCCUGUACCUUGACAGGAAGCCCAGAGAGCAUUGAGCAGGCUAAGCGUCUCCUCAGCCAGAUUGUGGACCGGUGUCGGAACGGUCCGGGUUUCCAUAGCGACAUGGACGGCAACAGCGCCAUUCAGGAGCUCCUUAUCCCGGCCAGCAAGGUGGGGCUUGUGAUCGGCAAGGGAGGAGACACCAUCAAGCAGCUGCAGGAGAGAACAGGGGUGAAGAUGAUUAUGAUCCAGGAUGGUCCCAUGCCCACUGGAGCAGACAAGCCUCUGAGAAUCACUGGUGACCCCUACAAGGUUCAGCAAGCCCGGGAGCUGGUGGUGGAGAUCAUCAGGGACAAGGACCAGGGAGACUUCAGGGCCGGCAGGGGGGACUUUGGAGCCAGACUGGGAGGCAGCAGUUUAGAUGUGGCCGUGCCCAGGUUUGCAGUGGGCAUCGUCAUCGGCAGGAACGGAGAGAUGAUCAAGAAGAUCCAGAACGAUGCUGGCGUCCGGAUCCAGUUCAAACCAGAUGAUGGGAUCAGUCCAGACAGGGUUGCCCAGGUGAUGGGUCAGCCAGACCGCUGCCAGCACGCAGUCCACCUCAUCAACGAGCUGGUCCACACAGCCCAGGAGCGUGAUGGGUUCGGAGGCCCCAUGGGGCCUCGGGGCCGGGGGAGAGGCCGUGGCGACUGGAGCAUGGCGGCCCCCGGAGGCCUGCAGGAGGGCACCUACACGAUACCUGCCGACAAGUGUGGCCUGGUGAUCGGAAAAGGUGGAGAGACCAUCAAGAACAUCAACCAGCAGUCCGGGGCUCAUGUGGAGCUGCAGAGGAACCCCCCGCCCAGCACAGACCCCAGCGUCAGGGUGUUCUCUGUCCGGGGAACCCCACAGCAGAUGGAGCUGGCUCGCCAGCUGAUCGAUGAGAAGAUUGGGGCAUCAGGAAUGGGAGGUAACAGUAGUUUUGGUCUGAACCCCUUCUCCCAGGCAGCAGCUACUCCUCAUCAGAACGGACCCCAGACUUUCAUGACUGGAGGAUGGGGAACCACAUAUCAGACCUGGCAACCCCAGGCCCAGCAGGAUCCAGGUCAGCAGAGCCAGACCCAGAGCAGUGGGCCAGACUACAGCAAGGCAUGGGAGGAGUACUACAAGAAACAGAGCCAGGCGGCAGGGCCGGGCUCCCAGCAGAGCUCCCCCCCGGACUACAGCGCUGCCUGGGUGGAGUACUACCGGCAGCAGGGGGCAUACUACGGCCAGGGAGCCCAGCAGACACAGGCCCCUGGACUACAGGAUAAUUAGAGAGGACCUUUAGUUGAAGAGUUUUGAAUCACUGGGGAGGAAAACGAACCUUUUGUAACAGAGGUUUCUAGAUUUGCAACGCCUUGAAGACUUUUACUUUUUUCUUAGUGAGAAACACUAGCUGUAGAAUGACUUAUACAAUAAAAAAAAAAGAAUAUUUCUAAAUCAGGAACAUUUAAUUGUUACUAAAUACUUGUGUACACCAUUAUUUUGAAUGGACAAUUUCCGGGAUCCCUUUUGGACAUGAGAGCCGUUUUGUUUUCUAUAUUUUACUUUUUGAUUCAAAUUAAACCGCCAAAACGAACCCCGGAGUUGUAACAUUUCAGCAAACGCAAUAUAAUCUAUUUUUUCUAGUUCUGUUGCAAUAAAAUCGUAAUUAUGGGCUUAGCAGUCUUGAAUAAUGUUUUGUUUUGUUUUGUCAUGAUGUUUUAAGAAUGUGUAAAAAAUGUCUUUCUUUCCUUUUACAUAAAGCAUUUUAAUUCAGUGAGAUGAAACUGUGAUGUUUUGUUACAGAAAAAAUUAUUAUUUUGUUACAAAAUACAAGGUGUGUUGGCAAAUGGCAGUCAAUUCCUAAUUUAAUUCCUGUUGUGCUUUGUAUUCUGUUUUCCAUUGUCAUGUUAUUGUACUCUGGUUUAAAAAAAAGGUGCAAUAUCUUAUUUCAUUUUUGAAACAAAGAUGGAUUCUCUAAUAUUUUGACGUAACUUGUAGUUCUUAGAAUUUUUUUUUUUUAGGCAUUUGAAAAUGUAAUGGAUAAUUUUUUUAUUACAAUGAUCUGAUGGGGUUAGGGAUGUUGCAUAUUGUGAGUUAUUUGCCUUUGCUAUCUUGUAAAACUAUGUAUGUAUGCUCAGAUACUUGACUAAAUACUUUAUUUAAAAAUAUAUAUAUAUAUAAUUAAAUCAAAGACUUUUUUUUAUUUUUUCAUGGAGUCAUUAUUGCAGGAAAACUGUCCCAUGUUUUUUUGUUCUGUUUUCAUACUGAAAAUAUUCAAAGAUCGUGAAUGUGUCAUUUGAAAUUUGAUGUUGCAUCUUGCUAUGGACAACGAUGAGAUGUGUUUUAUGUAUGUUCUGUAACUGAAUCAUUCAAGACUGCUAAGCCUCGGGAUUCUACCUGUGUAAUAAUUAAUUGUAGUUUUUUAUAUUCUAAGUAUUACGAUCAAAACUGUCUUAUUUGGUACCGCCCCACCGCCCCACAGUACACACUGGGGUUACGUGUACAGUCCAGCUAACUUUUUAAUUCAUUAUUUUUCUUUCUACUUUGUGUGAUCUAAUAUAUGUAUGAUUGAUUAGUUAAAUGAAUCUAGUAUUAACUUCAUUGCUUAAUGAAAAGGGAUAUUAUAAUUUUGAAAUGUUUAAUUUUAGUGUUUUUUUCCUCGUGUACAGGUAACCGUGUAUUAAAAACGUCAAAAGAC